ACAGAGGCGUCUAGUCUGCCGUCUCGGACAGAGGCGUCUAGUCUGCCGUCUCGGACAGAGGCGUCUAGUCUGCCGUCUCGGACAGAGGCGUCUAGUCUGCCGUCUCGGACAGAGGCGUCUAGUCUGCCGUCUCGGACAGAGGCGUCUAGUCUGCCGUCUCGGACAGAGGCGUCUAGUCUGCCGUCUCGGACAGAGGCGUCUAGUCUGCCGUCUCGGACAGAGGCGUCUAGUCUGCCGUCUCGGACAGAGGCGUCUAGUCUGCCGUCUCGGACAGAGGCGUCUAGUCUGCCGUCUCGGACAGAGGCGUCUAGUCUGCCGUCUCGGACAGAGGCGUCUAGUCUUGUUGUACUGCACUGCUACUAUUUUUGCCACAUAAUGUUGUUAAAACAAGAUAAUUGCUUUGCCACAUUUUUUGCAGUAUUACUUUAGUGCCUUGUUGCCAACAGGAUGCAUGUUCAUAUUGUGUGCUUCCUUUUCACUAGAUUAGUAUUGUGGAUUAACAACAAAUGUUGCUACUGAGGAACCAUUUUGGGUUUCAGUAGAACUUUUGUAUGAGUGAAGCUUUUAGUGAGAUCUUUUAAUGCUUUUUAAUAUAUUACAUUUCAGUCCCCCAAACAUAUUAAUUAUAUAAAUAAGCACGUUUAAUUUUAUUUGGGUUACCAUUCCAAAUAAAUGUAAAUAUUAUUUGCUCAUAAUGUAAUUUGAAAGAUGAGUAGUCUGGAGUAGAUAGCGUCAUUAGUGAAUACAUAAACUGUGAUAUGAUUAGAGUUAAACGGUGUGAUUUAAAAACAAAAUGAAAUUUAAAAAUCAUUAAAAAGUUGAGAAACUUGAAUCAUCUGCAUAUAUUAACACUUGUUUUUAGUCUAUGAUUUUGUAAACCCUUGAUGUUAAUUGUUCGAUCUAAACUUAAGAGAGCAUUUCAAUGGCCAGAACAAAUACAUAUGGAGACAACGGACAGAACAAAUACAUAUGGAGACAACGGACAGAACAAAUACAUAUGGAGACAACGGACAGAACAAAUACAUAUGGAGACAACGGACAGAACAAAUACAUAUGGAGACAACGGACAGAACGAAUACAUAUGGAGACAACGGACAGAACAAAUACAUAUGGAGACAACGGACAGAACAAAUACAUAUGGAGACAACGGACAGAACGAAUACAUAUGGAGACAACGGACAGAACAAAUACAUAUGGAGACAACGGACAGAACAAAUACAUAUGGAGACAACGGACAGAACGAAUACAUAUGGAGACAACGGACAGAACGAAUACAUAUGGAGACAACGGACAGAACGAAUACAUAUGGAGACAACGGACAGAACGAAUACAUAUGGAGACAACGGACAGAACGAAUACAUAUGGAGACAACGGACAGAACGAAUACAUAUGGAGACAACGGACAGAACGAAUACAUAUGGAGACAACGGACAGAACGAAUACAUAUGGAGACAACGGACAGAACGAAUACAUAUGGAGACAACGGACAGAACGAAUACAUAUGGAGACAACGGACAGAACGAAUACAUAUGGAGACAACGGACAGAACGAAUACAUAUGGAGACAACGGACAGAACAAAUACAUAUGGAGACAACGGACAGAACGAAUACAUAUGGAGACAACGGACAGAACAAAUACAUAUGGAGACAACGGACAGAACAAAUACAUAUGGAGACAACGGACAGCCUUGUUUAACUCCUCCUGGCCGUUCAAUAUUUUCUGAGGAGUUUAUUUCUAUGAUUUUAAAUCUUGGUGUUGCUGUACAUGACUUUAACCUGUUGGACAAGAGAUUCCCCAAGAUUUAUCAACAGUCUUUUUUCGAAGUUGUUCUAUUCGCUCUGCAUUUUGUCAGGAGUUUUGCAUCACAGCAAUGAAGUGUAAAGGGGCCUCCAAUUUUUUUUUUUUUGUUAUUUUUUUUAGACUGGAUUUUUAUACUUACCCCCUGGGUCCUGUUUCAGUAAUAAUGAAAUCAGACCUUGUUGAGUGUCUGAUAAUCCAUCAUUUUUAUAGGAGUGGUUAGAACACGCUAAUAAUGGAUCUUUGAGUAGAUUAAAGGUUUGAUAUACACUUGAAGUUGGAAGUUUACAUACACUUAGGUUGGAGUCAUUAGAACUCGUUUUUCAACCACUCCACAAAUUUCUUGUCAACAAACUAUAGUUUUGGCAAGUCGGUUAGGACAUCUGCUUUGUGCAUGACACAAGUAAUUUUUACAACAAUUGUUUACAGACAGAUUAUUUCACUUAUAAUUCACUGUAUCACAAUUCCAGUGGGUCAGAAGUUUACAUACACUAAAUUGACUGUGCCUUUAAACAGCUUGGAGGAUUGUAUCGCUGCUGGGUUUUUCCUGUGCGUUUGACUACCUCUUGUGUGUG